CUAUUAUCGUCUAAAUAACGCACACUACAACAUCCUAAAAAUUAUCAUUUAAAACAAAUUGUGUCAGUAAACCACUGUCAACCUGCGCUUCAAUACACAGCAUCGCAUUAGGAUGAAGGUCAAGAGAAGAUGAAUCUCCGCCAAGAUGAAAGACGCCGGUCUGAUGUGUCAAGAAAAACGACGAAUGGCUUGUCAUUAGAGGCAUCGAAAAGCGUAAGGGCUUUGAUAUCUUGAAGAAAGUAUACUGAUCAGGAUCAGCUCAUGUCUCCCGAAAUGUCCGCGUCCCAUCGGUUCAUCAUUCCACGCUUGAGCAUCUCCGAAUCGCAUCACAAACCCGAGCAGCGCUAUGGGCAGCUGAAAUGAGUAGUAGGUACACGCUUUUGAAUGUCCUCUAAAUGACUCCUCCUGUACUACUGGUGCUUUGAAGAGAUCAUGUGGCCAAACCCACUGGGUUGAGAUAGGUACCGGCAGGGGAUCUAUAUAAAGGGUGACAUAGUUUGAAAGAACUGGCAGUUUACUGUUCCUCAGCAUCCGGAUCUCUUACAAGGAGGAUAUCUAAAAGCACAAAUAAUCAUGUCUCAUUCUUGGGGUUAUGGUGCACAUGAUGGGCCAGAAACGUGGGAGGAAAGCUUUCCCAUUGCAAACGGACCCAGGCAAUCUCCCAUUGAUAUCGUACCCACCCAAGCACAACAUGACCCUUCUCUCAAGAGAAUUAAACUGAAGUACGAUCCUGCUGCUGCUCAUAGCAUCCUCAACAAUGGCCAUUCAUUCCAAGUGGAUUUCGCUGAUGAUGAUGACAGCUCAACUCUGACUGGAGGCCCUAUUACUGGAACAUACAGGCUGAGACAGUUUCAUUUCCACUGGGGAUCCAGUGAUGACAAGGGCUCAGAGCACACUAUUGCUGGUACCAGGUUCCCCUGUGAGCUUCAUCUAGUUCACUGGAACACAAAGUACCCAAACUUCGCAGAAGCCGCGUCACAGCCUGAUGGCCUUGCAGUGGUUGGAGUUUUUCUGAAGAUUGGUUCUGCCAAUCCGAGACUUCAGAAAGUUCUUGAUGCCCUCGAUGACAUCCAAGCAAAGGGCAACCAGACUACAUUUGAGAACUUUGAUCCUAAAACCUUGCUGCCUGCUUCUUUGGAUUACUGGACUUAUGAUGGGUCUCUGACCACACCCCCUCUUUUGGAGAGCGUCACCUGGAUUGUUCUGAAAGAUCCGAUCAGUGUUAGCCCUGUACAGAUGGCUAAGUUCCGUAGCCUGUUGUUCACGGAUGAAGAAGAGGCACCUUGCUGCAUGGUUGACAAUUAUAGACCACCACAACCUCUCAAGGGACGCAAAGUCCGCGCGUCCUUCAAGUAAAUAGCACAACCCCGCCACCUCACCCCCGCAUGCCUGCGCAUUAAUCACGACGUUCCUUUUUCUGGCUACUAUUCAAUAACAUUCCCAGUGGAAAUCUGAAACUUUAUAGUAUUUGUGACCAUGGUCAUAAGUAGCAGAUGUAUAUUUAUAGCAAAAGCUAAAAAUACAUUGUGUGGGUCAAUAUUAUCAAUUUUUCUUUUAUGCCAAAAGUCUAAAAGAUCAUGUUCCAUGAAGAUAUUUUGUAAAUUCCCUGCUGUAAAUAUCAAAACUUUAUUUUGUUAGUAGAUGAGGUUGCUAAGGACUUCAUCUGGACAACUAAAUUUUUUAUCUAGAUUUUCAAAUUGUUGGAUAUCGGCCAAAUACUGUUCUAUCAUUACUAUAUAUCAAUGGAAAGCUUAUUUACACAGCUUUCAGAUUAUUAAAAAAUUGACCCUUAUGACCACAUGAUCUCAGGCCCUUUACAAUACAAUAAUGUAGAAUAAAAAACAAGAAAGUUGGUUAUAAAGUUCUUGGGCUAUUUGAAAGAUGAAAACAGACACUACUGUGAAUUAUUAUUAAUAUUAUUAUUUUGUAAAAUUAUUAUAUUUUUAAGGAAAUGUCUAUUGUAGUUUUUAGAUUUAAAUUAACGUCAGACGACAUGAAAAGCAUUAUUUGGCCAUACAAGUUUAUUCUGAUAUCUUGAACGUCUCAGAAACAGUGAUCAUUGAUGCGCUUUUAACUGCAAUAGAAAAAUCUCUCAGGAUCGUGUCAGACUACUUUUCUAACAUCUAACAUUUAUCUAAUUCUGAUCACAGGUGAUCAUUUUAAUCCAGUCUUUUAUAACAGUCAAGUAUAUCAGUCCUGCUUUGCAGAUUUAUUAUAGCACAUAUUAUAAAUUAUUCAAUAGGAAAAUGCAUUGUGGGACAUUUUUGACAUCAUUGUUCUGUCUGGGUUUAUGGUGAUGGGUAUAUUUAUCAUUUGUGUGGAGUAAGCAGAUAAAAUGUAUAACAAACCUUCCAGGAAACACAUACUGACAGUGACAUUAUUAUGUUUAAUAGAAUAAUGAUGAUACUGUCAAUAUGUGUUUCCUUGCAGAAAAUUGUAAUAUUUAAAAAUUAAGUUUAAAUUAAAUAAAGGGAAUAAAGUUGUAAUGUUUUUUUUUUUAAAUGUUGUAUGAAUGAUGUACUGCUGUUUGUACGAUGAUAUAAGCUUAUAUUUUUAAAAAGUUUAAUGACUAGUAUUGCAUACGAAUAACAAAGUCUGCAAAUUAGUCAUGUGAUAGGAAUUGUAUGAGCAAUAAAUGAAUAAAUAAAUAUAUUUUAACCAACAA